AUAAUUACAAUAUUCUUAGUGAACGGAUGUAUUAGUUUAGAUGCGGACACAUUCAGCUAUGAACAGACCUCAACCAUACCGGUUAUCCUGCAAUUCAAUUACGGCUAUUAUGUUAACUAUUUGAAGGACUUAUCGCACGUUAUUAUGACUAAAGAUGGUGAAACAUUUCUCAGGAUAUACCCGCAGUGGCCACAUUCCCCUGUGCUCAGUCCAGUGAAGGGACUGACGGCACUCGAUGUGGACAUAUCUACCUAUAAAGAGGAUAAGUUAAUUAUCACAUACGCCAACACCACUACAUCGGGUUUAUAUCGCGUGGAAAUACUAGGCUGUACUGCCGAGCCCUGUACCCUUACCUUGGGCAAAUCGAUCAACGUAUCUAUCACAUUUGAGGCCGACUUUGAAGUACCAGAAGAUUCCCCGACCAUUGAAACAUUCAAUAACUUAUGGACCGGUUAUUAUCGAUUCGAUAGAGAGUAUGCGGUCACCAAUUAUGAUGAGAAAAAGGAUGUCGUCCUAAAGAGCACAUACACUGUAUUGAAAGAAAUUUGGAUUUGUACCGACAAAGUCUAUUACGAAUACAACGAUCCUGAUCGAUCUGCUCCUAACUAUGGCACACCCCUUCCCACUAAUAUAGCAGCGGAGGCGGUGUUGGCGUUGGGUAUAACCGGAAACACAGAGGCGUCGCAAACCCGAAGACCAUUCACUCCCUUAACUUUCAACUGGGGGUCGACCACAACUUCCGGCCUCUGUAUCGCUCCCAUACGACAACUGCCCGAAGAGUGA